AUGCAGAAAUCUCCUACUAGCUAUAAGAAGGGCUACUUGAUCGCUAUGGGCACCAGAAAAAACCCGACCGAUAUCAUCAACCGGGCCCAGUCCAAUGGCUUCAAAAGCGGUCUACAUCACGAGGAGGACAAGAAGACAGGCCUACAAGAGUACGAUGAAAAAACUUUGGGCGCACAAGACCAAGUUCUUGAAAAAUACGCCAUUUGGGCCUUUAAAUACCUAAACAACAAACUUGUCACGGUCUUUGAGGAGUUUGAAGCGAUGCUACUUUGUAAGGACGCAUCGUUACCAGAAAUACACCACCUCAAAGACUUUUGGCGAUUUUAUAAAGAUCAGGCUCGAGGCAGGUUGAGUGAACGCCCAACAGCCCGUAGCCUGAAGGCCAGCGCGAAGAGCUUCAACGGCGGUUUCAAACGACGUACUGGUAACAGUGUGCCUGCUGAAACUAUCGCGGAAAUCAAUUUGUGGAUAGGAGGACCGCUCACAUCCGAAGAGGGAAGCGGCGUGACAAAUAUCGAACGGCCCAAAUACAACUACAAGCCGCAAGAUCUAGACCGCAACCUCAAAGCACUCUGGAGCCGGAGCGACAUUGGUGUCCGACAUGAGCGAGAGAGAUUCCAGUUUCACUUUCUUCUCCUCCUAUUCUGCGAUACCGGAGCUCGACGCGAGGGUCUUUUCAAGGCGGGCAUACCGUAUAAAGUUGCCCAGCGCACAGUUAAGAACAACAAGGAUCCUAAGAAUAGGCGGUUCGGCGUUACCGGAAGAGAGCACCGACUCUUGCGCUACAACGCGGUGUUUUUACUUCUCCAUUUUGCCAUUGCUGAUGGCGCGUUAGACCAUGACUUCUUCACCCAAAUCCUCAACGGCAAGGGCGAUGGAUCUAUUGAAUGGAAAGAAGCUGCCCUUGAGCUUCCCGUUUGCCGAAGUGUGGACAGAAACGGUUGCCUCACGUCUGAAGCGAUGACUUUCGCUGUCUUUGAGCGUGUGUUGAAGAAAGUCUUCAUGGGCGAAUACAAUUUCGAUCGAGCUUCAAUGCACAUGAUACGGAGAGAAUUAGGAAAACAACUAGACAACAGAUACACCGCGACGGAAAGAUCGCAGCAUGUGCUACAUAAUGAUAACCGAAUUUUCGGCCAAAGCUAUGUAGCAUUCGCUUCAUCGUGCGACGGUCUUGCAGCCUUUAUGCGAGAGACUGCCGAUCAUACCGCCGUGGAAUACUUUCAGGGUCUGCAUCGCUUUCAUCAACCAGGUAUGCCCGUUAGGCUUCCUGCCGCCCUGUUGGCGAAAGUGGAGACCAGCGCAGAACUGGCCGAAUACGACAAUAAAAUACAUUCUGCUGUUAGUCCAAAUGCAAGAACUGAGGCACAGAGGGCUCGCAAAAACGCUGUCAAACGACUGCGCAAGAAAACGCUUCAGGAGUACCGAGAAGAAUGCUUGAAAACGCUGCGAAAAGAUCGUCUUAUAAACGGCUGCCACGCGGCGAAUGACACCCUCGAUCCUCUCAACGAGGUGUUUCCGGAGAAACGGCGCGUAAGCGAAGCGAUGACUAGCGAUUUAGAGGAAUUCUCAGUCAUGGAAGACGCAUUACGGUUGCUGACAAUGUCUUCCGAGAAAUGUUUCACGUCUAAUGACUUGGCAGCAGCCGAGCGAUUGCAAUGUUGGGAGAGGGACGUCAAAGCACUGGACCACAUUGAUCGAUCCCACGGCUGGCACUGGACUUGCUUACAUUGCAACUUUGUCUCAGAUAGCAAAGAAUCCGGCCGCAACCAUCUGCAUGAUGCUCACGGCUACCAGUUUCGCCGACCGAAAGCAGGCCUGACGGUGCCUAGGGCGAUUGGCCAUAAGAUAUCAAUGGAUGAGCUUUCUACCGACAUGAAUUGCGGCCAGGGUGCUGAGAGUCUUGAAAUGCUUGCCGGCCGCGGUGAUUCCUCGCCCGAUCAUGCGCCAGAAGAAAAAGCAGAGAUGGCAGAGCUGACUCUACAUGAUGGGUUUUUGGAAACGAACUUCGACGUACGGACGUCAGAUCCUUACACUCCGCCUCUAGAGUGGUCAGAAACCUCGGAUGACGUCGUGGAGAGGCUUAUGGACGAAUGUUUAUUAUUGCCUCCGACGCCGCCAUCUGAGCUUACUGGGUCGGAACAAUCAUACCCUGAAGACUAUUUGAUGAUAAAUCCUGUUGACUAUAAAGCACCUUACUAUCUGCUUUCGACUCAGCUCGACACGAACGACACGAAAAGCAAAGGAAUUGAUCAUCCUCUAGAAACGGCGGAAAUGGAAUGGGUGCACCACUCCGAGGCGAAUUGCACUCAAUUAGAAGAGCAGCCACUGUACCCUCCAGAACCGCCUAAGCGCCAACAGUUAAUUAUCGAGCUGAGGUCGGUCAGCACACGCGAGGAUUACGAAAGCUUCGAGAAUUUGUCUUCGACGAAUGACAAAGAGCAAAUCCUGCCGCAGACUGGCAAAAAGCGGUUCCGACAGAGACUGAACUCCUUUUCUAGCUCUCCAGGCUCCAGACCGAAGAAGGUCCGAUCGCGAAAGCCAGGUUUAAGCCAUCAAGUAACUCGCCGCGUGCGGAUCAGGUUCACCCCUGACGAAGAUCGACUUCUCCUAAAAUUGAAGGAUGACCCGACCCUCACUUGGAAAAAGAUACACGAGCUCUUCAGCAUUGAAUUUCCUAGUCGGCGCUCUCUGGGGGCAUUGCAAGUGCAUUAUACCACAAAACUGCAAUAG